AUGGAUAACCCCCAAGGCAGCUGUGGCAGCACCGAUCAUGUGGAGGACCGCAGCUUGGACGGAUUCGUCGAUAAGCAUUUGGCACUCUUGGAACUGGAACGACAAGAGGAAGUCGAACAGAAUGCGAAGCUGCAGGAGAAGUACUCAGUCAAGGAACUCCAGAGCAAAGGCCUCUGCAUCACGAAGCUAGUCCUCGACUGCGCUCACACCGGCCUUUACGGACGAAGUAUCUGCAAAUUUCGAUCGUGCCACCACGGAGCGCCGCUGCCCUCCCACGGCUUUUCGAACGGUGAUAUUGUUGGUGUGGUGGUGGCAAGUGAUGCAGCCAGGGAGGUUGUCUGCUCUGGUGUCGUUUCCAGUGUUGCACCUGCAAACAUCACACUUGCUUUUGACGAAGGUCGGGACACACUCGACGCUGACGAUGGACGCGUCUUCAACUUGCUCAAACUUGCCAAUGACGUCACCUACAGGAGGCUGAAAAGGACACUGGAGAAACUGCGUAAAACCAGGGAAAUAAGGUACAGCAACCUCAUCGAAAUUCUAUUUGGAACAGUGUCUCCAACCGAGGCACCAAUAUCGACCUCCCAGAAGCCUAUUGAGUUUUCCAACAAGGCCCUAGACGAAUCACAGCAAGAGGCAGUUGCCUUUUCCCUGAGGCAGAAGGAGCUGGCCAUCAUCCACGGUCCACCAGGGACGGGAAAGACGACCACCCUGGUCGAGGUGGUACUCCAGUGCUCCAGGCAAGGCUCCAAGGUCUUGGUCUGUGCCCCUUCGAACGUCGCCGUUGACAACCUGGUGGAGAGGCUGCUGUGCACGUCGCUGAAGGUUGUGCGCCUCGGUCACCCGGCACGCCUGCUGCCAGCCAUCGCUCGGCACUCCCUCGAUGCCAUCCUGGCCAGGUCGGACGACUUUGGCAUCAUCGGCGACAUCCGCAAGGAAAUUGACGAGCUGAUGUCCUCGUCUGCCAAGAGCAAGGCCAAGGACAAGGGAUAUCAGAUGCGUGGCAAGCUGUCGGAGCUGCGCAAGGAACUCAAAGAUCGUGAGCGCAGGGCCAUCGGUCGCAUCCUCGCCAAUGCCGAUGUGGUGCUGUCCACGCUGACCACGGCCUCGGACGAUGGACCACUGAAGAACCUGCCCGAGGGCCACUUCCAAGUGGCCGUUAUUGAUGAAUGCUCGCAGGCUCUGGAAGUUGCCUGCUGGAUGGCGCUUCUCCGAGCACCCAAGUGCAUUCUUGCGGGAGACCAUCUCCAGUUACCCCCGACCAUCGUCUCUGAAGCUGCAGCCAAGGGAGGCCUGGAGGUGACGCUGAUGGAGCGGGCACUGCGCCUGCACGGCGAGGCUGUCGUUCGCAUGCUGGUGACGCAGUACCGCAUGCACGAGCUCAUCAUGCGCUGGUCGUCCGACCGCCUCUAUGCUGGGAGGCUGCUGGCACAUGCGUCGGUCGCAGCACAUUUGCUCAGGGACCUUCCCGGAGUGGAAGACAACGAUGACACUGCUCUCCCGUUGCUUCUCAUCGACACGGCUGGUUGCGGAAUGGUCGAACUGGACACUCCAGACGACGAGUCCAAGGGAAACGAAGGAGAAGCUGACCUUGUGGCAAUUCACAUCGAACGGCUUGUUUCAAGCGGUGUUCCAGCCUCUGAAAUUGCUGUGAUCUCACCUUAUAACCUUCAGGUGGAGCUCAUCAGGCUUCGUCUCUCUGCCCGGCAUCCUGGCUUGGAGAUUCGCUCGGUCGACGGUUUCCAGGGUCGUGAAAAAGAGGCCGUUGUGAUGUCAUUUGUGCGCUCUAACGACACAGGAGCCGUCGGUUUCCUUGCCGAGGAUCGGAGGAUCAACGUGGCGGUGACGAGGGCCCGGCGCCACCUGGCCGUCGUGUGCGACAGCACCACCAUGUCGAGGCACGACUUUCUGAAGUCGCUCGUCGACUACAUUGGCAACGAAGGGGAAGUGCGAAGUGCGCGGGAGUACACGUCUGACCUCGAACUGUGUUCAUCCUCACUAAGGCCAACCAGCUUACGGGAGAGAGAGGUGAACAAGCCGGCCAACAAGCCCAAGUCAAAGUCGCGGCAGCAGCCAUCGCAGAGCAGCCAGAAUGUUCAUGGCGUAAUGCCGAGGCAAGCCUCCAAGCCAAAUGGUACUCAACGUUCUCAAAGGACUGUGGAGAAGACGACAGAACCAUCUCCGUGGGAAGCCGUGGUCAGGGGCUUUGCCAACUCUGCAGAAAAGCAGCAGUCACUUCCGAGUUCGCUGACUGCCUACGAGAGGCGCACUGUCCAUGAGCUUGCUGAAAAGCUUGGCCUGAUUCAUGUCAGCGAGGGCGAUGGCGACAAACGACACGUUGUGCUCAAGAAACGCACCAAGCAGAGAAUGCCGUCUGCAGCACCUUGCCCCAUGGUUGAGAACUCCAGCACUGCUGCAGUCUUGGAAGACGACACGGAUGCUUCAAAACCCGCUGCCACGACUGCAGAAGGGUCGCAGGGCGCAUCCGACGAACCGACCGUGUCGCCAGGCCCGAGAGCGCAGGAGAUCAAAACGCAGCAGCAGAAAAAGAAAAAACCGGCAAAGCCACCGGCGGGUGACACGAAGCACAAAGAAGAAGCAGAAGAAAACUUUGACGAACUCAUUGCAAACGUGAUGAAGUCAGACAGGACGUGCUCUUUCGCAAAGUGUGGUGAAAAGUUACACACUGCACUUGCCGGCAUAGGCGGACCGUGCCCUUUUUGCAGGCGUGGAUUCUGUUUUAAGCACGCCUUGCCGGAAGUGCAUGGCUGUGGUGAGGAAGCCUGCAAACAGGCUCGGAUAGCCUGGCAUCGCUCCAAGGGAGGGACUGUGGCACCGAGCUACGUCAAGCCAGAGAAGAGGGCGCAAGCACAGAAGGCGCUAGACAAACGGCUCGCCCAGAUGGCCGAGUCUAGAAAGCGGCAGACAAAAAAGUGAUGCUUCUACACAGUCUAAUGUAAUAAAGUGGUACCUAGAUUUC